CCAAAUUGUAUCAUGUUUAAAGAGUUGCUCUUGAACAUCAGACUCAUUUGGGUGCCCAGCCUUUGUCAUCUUUAGAGCCAUGUCAUUUUUCUAUGAGUUUGAAGAAAAUUACUUUGAAAAUGACUCCAUUGUCAAUGGGUCCAAUGCAUCCAGCACAUACACUCCAGAUCUAGAUACCUUAGAAUGUGGAUACAAACCAAUGGAACCUUUAGCAGCUAUUAUCCUAUGUAAAAUCCUCAUAGGCAUCUUCUUACUGGCUAUACCAGGAAACAUGCUGGUAGGAUGGGUGAUCAGGACCAGCCAACAAACUCUGACUCCAUCAGAUGUGUACCUGUUCCACCUGACCAUAGCAGACGGACUGAUGGCUCUGACGCUCCCGUUCUUUGCUGUAGCACUGAUCCAAGGAUGGAUCUUUGGAGACUUCCUGUGUAAAUUCCUCAACCUCGUCAUGGAUGCAAACUUCUACACCAGCAUCAUCUUCCUUGCCUGUAUUAGCAUCGAUCGUUACCUUGUGAUUGUGCACGCCAGGGAGACACUCAAGAGCCGUCAGAGGAUGUGCAGCAAAAUGCUCUGCACAGCGGUGUGGGCCCUCGGUUGUGCCCUCGCUCUUCCUGCUCUUUUUAAACAUGUCAAUAAGAAGAUGAUUUGCUCUGUGAGCUUUGACAUCGGCAGCUCCACCGUAUGGCGGAUCGCCACUCGGGGCUUCAUUCAUAUUUUUGGCUUUUUGGUCCCUGCGAUUGUCAUGAUCUCCUGCUACAGCAUCACUGUUGCACGGCUGCUGCUCACUCGUGGUUUCCAGAAGCACCGAGCCAUGCGGGUGAUCAUAACCGUGGUGAUUGCAUUUCUGCUCUGCUGGACACCAUACCAAAUAACCAUCAUGGUAGACAUACUGCUGAGGGCUAAUGUAGUACAGUUCAACUGCGCUAUGAGGAAGUCGGUGAGCACAGCGGUGGUUGCAACCCACUGCCUGGCUCUGCUGCACAGCUGCAUCAACCCUUUCCUCUACGCCUUCGUGGGAGAGAAGUUCAGGAAGAAGAUGAAACUGCUUCUUCAUAGAAAGCUCAGACAGGAAAGGAUGUCAGGGUCAAGGUUCAGCAGGUCAACAUCUCAGACCUCAGAGGGCAUUGGAACAGUUCUCUGAGCGCUGGGUGAAUUUUUUUUUAUCUCAAGACUUCUAGAAAACAAACUGCUUUUAAAUAUAUAAAAGAAGGAAAUAUUGGUCGUUUUAAUUUGUCUAGUUGUCCAAAGUUUAGUUAUUAGAGUAAAUCCUCUCUGCACCAUUUAAUACAUAUUAAUGCCACUGAAUUUGCACCAAAAUCAUGGACUGAAUAGCAAACAUGGCCACCAGUAGAAUCUGCGCUCCAUUAAAAAAAUGCAAGAGCCAUAUUUUUUUUAUUUGGCUCAUGUAAACUAUUUAAAGUCUCAUGUAGGGGAAUUUGGACCUGAUGAUGUCAUCUUACAGCUGUAAAUAUCUUUUUUUUUUCCAUUUCCUGACUUUUUUUUUUUUUAGGUUUUUUUUAUUGCUUCUGUUCUUUUUUAUAUUGAACUUAAAAAAAUCUUAACUUACCUUUAAUGUAUCUAGUCUUGUUUGCCCUCACAGUUUAGAUUUCAGAUUUGAAAGACUUCCUGCUUUUGCUUGUUUGCCAAAUCAUGUUGGAAACUAUUUGUUUUUAAAGGUGCUGUAUGAAUAAAACUGUUAUUACUAUCAUGUGCGAGCAGCUAAGAGGAUUAAAUACAUAUUCAAGAAAUAAAAUGUAGCUUUUUAUGACAACUGGUUUUUAAUUGACUAACAUUUUUAUCUAUUAGCUACUAUUGUUACGCACAAUCAACUAAACCAACUGCGACUUAUG